AUGGAUGUAGGUACUAUAUGUGAUGUUAUAAUAGACGGUGGUUAUAAGAGUGUUUCUGUGCAAUUGCCAGAGAGGAAUGUAAAUGAAGCAUGUGGAAUCAUUUGCAAAAUACAGGAGAAAUUGGAAUCAAAGGGAAAUGACUGCAAAAUAUACUUUUUGGGCGACGUAACAUCGGGCGAUUGUUGUGUUGACAGAAUUGCCGCGAAGCGUUGCAAUUCGGAUUUAAUUAUACACUUUGGGCAUUGGUGUCAUACACACUAUGCCGUGAAUAAAUGCUAUAUUCGUCAUUUUUACCCGCACAAACCAUUUGACCUCCACUCAAUAUUCAAUCACCUAAAGGAGGUUCAAAAUUCCGGUACUGUCUUGCUUGUAUACGAUACUUGUUUUCAUCACUUGUUACCGGAUUUGAUAAAAAUGGGAGAAAUUAUCGCAAAUGUUAACGUCUACAAAUGUGCCACAGAUAUAUCACAAAUAGAAAUCCAUGAAGCACAAUUUAGCAGGAUAUCUCAUAAAAAUAUUGAUAAAUUAGGGGUUGAAAUAAUGGUUUUUCUGGGCAGCUCAGAUUACAUUGAUUGUAACUACCCCUUGCUAUAUAAGAUAGCAUUGGAGUUGCAAUCUAAAAUCCGUUUGGAUUGCAUAUAUUCCAAUGGAUUUGUUGCUAAAAAGUUGAAUUUGAAAAGCAAAAUAACCUCUAAGAGAUAUGCGCUCAUAGAAAAGAUCCGAGGCGCAUCCCGUAUCGGCAUCUGCACAGGGACAGCAUCACUCAGCUUCGCUAACGAAUUAAGAAGUUUACUAAAUAAAAUAAUCAUAGCUGUAGGUAAACAAUGCUAUAAUUUCAUAAUCGGCAAAAUAAACGCUGAAAAACUUGAAAAUUUUCCCAGCAUCGAGGUGUUUUGUUUGUUAUUGUGCCCCGAGCAAAUUCUAAAGUACAUUGAUGAGGGCGAUAUUUCUCAGAAAGUGCUGAAUCGGAAGAUUGUAUUCCCCUUUGAGUUACUGGUAGCAUUAGAUGUUAUUGAAUGGUCAGAUGAGUAUAUUUUUGACUUCCUACAACUUUUACAAAUAUGUCAAAGUAACGCAAAGAACGAUAGCAAAAGUGAAAUAACAAAUCUACACUCGGGAGAAUUAGCAAAAUUGCAAAACGGUGUGUAUGGUACACUAAUUAAUAAUAGUGACAGGACUUAUAAGGGAUUAGAACCAUAUUAUAACUGUCAGACAGUGCCCACAAUUACUCCAGGGCUCUAUGGAACUGCUACAUCGUAUAAGAGUGUGGGUUCAAGUGAUAAUCAUACAAGAUAA